AGAGAGAGAGAGAGAGAGAGAGAGAGAGACAGAGCUGUGUGGGGUAACUAUUCCUGCGACUCUUUCACACACAGACAGUGGGGUGAGAGAGGCAAAACAAAAAGGCACGAGGGAAGAGGGGAGGGGAGGGGUGGUGAGAAGCUAGGGCCCGCGGAACUCGGAUUGCUUGUUUUGGUCGUGGGAUAGGGCGCGGGUCCGGGCGAUCAAAUUCAGAGAUCUCGGAGUUUUUAGGAGGGAUGAGGAGGAGGAGGAGGAAAGAUAAUGUCUGUAUUGUAUGUACAUAGUUAGUAGUUGCAUAGACAGAUGCAAGCGGCAAGACAUGACCAUUUUUGGGGCCAGAUUUUUCUUUUCAGCGGUGUGAUAACUAGUGUAGUAGGUCCUUCGCCGCAAGCAAGUCAGAUCUGUACCAAUAUUUUACGACGACCACCACUACGAUUAGAACACAUGAGCAACAACCGGGUGGGAAUUCUUUGUGAUGCACUCACUGGCAAGGGACUUUGGGAACCCAUGGACCGAGCCUCAUCACAUCACAUCUUACUGAUCGUCGGGGCCUAGAGCUCUGCCGGAAGUUAUCCAGACAGUUAGUCAAGUCCAUAAUUAAUGCUAUGACAUCUGUCGGCAAUGCCCUGCCCCCCAUGUCUUCCAAGCAAUGGCAGAACCGGGGGCAUUCCUGUUUUUUCAACCCAAGCUGGGUAGGGAACUGUUGAAGCUAGGGGAUAGACCCGCAUAACAGACUUUGCGGAAAUAUAAUACCGUUUGGGAUCUUCAUCUCGUCACUUUUUCGCAGGUUGGGAUUCAUGCAGAUGGGCGAAGUAAAGGUGGGGGGGUAGUGGUGAUGAAGAGCAUUCCUUGACAGGUUCCUCUUGUGCCCUGGUCUGCUCAGAUAUCAUACCUACCUAGUAGUAGUAUAUCUAGCAUCUCGGUGUACUAUGCGGGGAAAGUGAUCACGACUUGGAUGGAGUCUGAGCACGGUGAUGAGGGAAUCGAUGCUUGAUUAUUGCCACAUCUAUAGAUUCUGGGUGUGCGUACACACAUUUCUACCAGCCAUUGAGUUGGUAUAAGCUCGAAGGAAAACCUCGACACCAUCUGAAGCCCUCAAGAAAUUUCGAAUCAAGACCCUCCUUUGGACCCCUAUUACUACCUAUUAGAUAACUAAACAGGUAGGCCAAGUCUUUCGGGAUGACACAUCUAGAUAACGGCCAGCCUAAAGCAGGAACUAAAGCAAGACUACUACGCGAUAUCAAUCAAGUCUAGUCGUCCGAAACUUAAGAGCUC